UCUUCUUCUUCAGUUGGAGCGUCAGGGGCCCUGGCAAUAAGUUUGUUCGGCGUCACUGGUCCCCCCCAGAUUUCUGUGUUCAUCAAAGUUUUUGUUGGUUGUUGUUGUCAUCUCCGGAUUAACUUUAACUGGAUUGUUUUUGAAACUUUUUUUUCCCCUACUACUGCCGAUUGUGCCAUGUCGUGACACGAUGGAUUGGUCCGGUUUCAGGUAAAUCCGUGUGUGCUGUUUAUUUCUACUUGUUCCUGCCGAUCUAAUCCAAAUGGGAAUUGUUGCAAGCCACUCGAACGAAAAUAACAAAACAGUUUUUCUUCAAGUGGGGUUGUGUGCGUUUUGAGUGUGUCUUGUGUGUGACGUCAUCUUCUAAAAUGGAUCUUGAGUAGAGCGCAAAGCUCUUCACUUUUUAUCUACACUCUACUCGGGUCCAUCCAUCAAAAGAGAUCUUGAAUCGCGCAUGCAUUGCAUAUGUAUGCAGAGAGAAUGGUCAUAAUGCGUUGUGCAUCUUCUUGUUCUUCUUGUACAUUUUUUCCCAUGACAAGAAGAAGAGGGGCCCCAUCAGAGUAGUUGGCCGUUAGAUGGCAGUCUAGUCGCCAAGGGGGUAUUGAUCCGUAUCCCGUAAGACAAGGAGGGAACGAGGUCUCUGACUUUGAUGAAAAGAUGAGAGAAAAAGGAUAGAAGAAGAAGAAAAAUAUGACAAAAGACUGUGGCAAAGAUGGCACUAACAAGGGCCGACAUUGUGAUUGCUCGCGCUAACGGAACUCGGGAAUUCGUCGUACUCGGGGAAUUGACCUUAGACCCUUUAUACAUUCGCUACACCGAGCAUUUGAUAAAGAACAAAAAAAAGUAGAUGGGAAACUGCGUGAACGAGAGAGAGAAAAAAAAGGAAAAUACGAAAUUUUUCCUUUUUUCCUAGGAUGUUGUUUCUCGGCCGACGCGCUGGCGCGCUGAACGGUGAGAUCCGUUCAGUUGCGUGCGGUUCGGCAUCCGAGACGGAGCUUUGUGCAAGUUGUUGAUGGGUUCCAAAGUCGAUAGCGACUAGUGAUGCAAAAGUAUACGCGAUCGAGCCGGUCGACGACCAGAGGCACGUCCAUUGAAUCGACGGAAGAAUCGGCUCCUUCCACAUCUUCUGCGACAACUGCUGGGGCUGGUGGUGGGGCUAGAGCCCGGCAGACAGUUGUAGUGAUACCGGAACCCAUCCGACGAUGGCAUUCAUUCCAUUCUCGUCGCAGCUCAUUUGGCCACUCGGCUGCUCCUCAUCUUCCCGUCGUUGUUACAGGAUCGGCUGCCGGAGCAACUCCUACAGCACCUCCUGUAACCAAACCGGCCGCUCGAUUUCUUUCGCCUCCACCGUUGACUCCUCGUCGACGAUUUUCCGUCUGUUUUGGUAAGCGGAGUGGCGUCAGCAUCCGCCGGCCGAACGAAUGCCUCAUCCUGGAGCCGUCGGAAAUGCUCGUCGUGGAUUAUUCUGACGUUCCUCAGCGGACGCAGCGAUCAGCUUCAACCAGUUCGGCAACGGCUUCCUACACCUCGGCUCACCUACACCAUCUCGACCGCGGCAACAAUAGAAUGGACAAUGAUCAGUAUCGGAGUGGAGACAUGCAACAUCACCCUCUGAUGAACCACCACCAUCAUCGAGAUCCGGCGACUGUUCACGUCGUUGGCGGAGGAAUGGGCACCCAAUCUCACCGGAGUUCGAGAGGAUCCGAUACGAGUUCGGCGUAUUCCGGUUCGGAUACCAUGCACUCUUCUGUACCCAGUUCCGAUCAGGAUGCGGAGGGCGUUGGCGUCGACGGUGUUGAUCACGACGGCGACGAGGUUGACCUUACCGGCUUGAUGGAAUCGAUCGUCGACAGCGACGAGGAAGAAGACCUAGCCGAGAGCAUCGACAGCCUAACUGUGCGGGACACGGUUCGAGAGUGUCUAGAAAAAGAUCCAUCCGAUCGGACGGAUGACGAUAUCGAAAUCCUGCUCGAAUUCACGCAACACCUCAGGGCAUUCGCCAAUAUGACUCUGUCGGUGAGACGGGCCCUUUGCCGGGUGAUGGUGUUCGCCGUCGUCGAAAAAGCCGGCACAGUUGUCAUGAACGACGGCGAAGAACUUGAUUCAUGGUCCGUUAUUAUUAACGGCCAUGUCGAAAUUGAUGGCGGAGCCUCCGGCGAGCCUGGUCGAGCCUUACACCUUGGCGACAGUUUCGGGAUAACGCCGACCAUGGACAAAUUGUAUCACCGGGGCGUAAUGCGGACCAAAUGCGAUGACUGUCAAUUUGUUUGCAUCACGCAAACCGAUUACUUUAGCAUCUUGCACAAAGGAGAGGAGAAUACGCGCCGGCACGAAGAGAAUGGACGCGUUGUCUUGGUGACGGAACAGCGGGCCCAAAUUGGCGCAGCAUCCUCCUCGCAGCGCUCUCACAUCGUCAUCAAGGGAACGGUGGAACGAUUAAUGUCCCACUUGUUGGAAGACUCGUCUGGCGAUCCCAGUUACGUCGAAGAUUUCCUUUUGACUCAUCGGAUCUUUAUCGAAAGUCCCUUGAUUGUCUGCAGCCAGCUGCUCGAAUGUUUUAACGAUCCGACCGUACGAGAUAAAGUGACGCGAGUCGUUCUCCUAUGGGUCAACAACCAUUUUACCGACUUUGAAACGGAUCCCUGCAUGAUGGAGUUCCUCGAAACCUUCGAGUGUCUACUGGAACAAUCCAAGAUGCAAAGCCACUUGAGGAUGCUGGAUUUCGCCAGCGCGGCCAAAGCUCGAUCCAGGACGGUGACGUUGACCCGGCCCAGUCGCGAUGAAAUUCUCCAUUUCAGCAUCUUGGGCGGAUUCGAGCGCGGAUUCGGCAUCUUCGUUUCCAAAGUGGAAAAGGGUUCCAAAGCCGAAGAAGUUGGACUCAAACGAGGUGAUCAGAUCCUCGAAGUGAACGGUCAGAGCUUCGAACACGUCAGCCACGUACGCGCACUGGAGAUUCUCCGGGCUUCCACUCAUCUUUCCAUCACCGUUCGAUCCAAUCUCCACGCGUUUAAAGAAAUGUUAAACACCCCUGAUAAUUCUCCGCGGCCUCGGGGUAAGAAACUCGAGUCGAAAUCGUCUUCCAGCAACAAAAUGCUUGGCGGGUCGUCUUCCGACGUUCAUUCCGACAGCGGCUCUGCGGGCCACACGUGCCCGUCGCCUUGUAAAGACAAGGCGGCCCUAAUUGGCUCCAAGAGCCAAGGAGGCAGCGGCGGUUUCAUGACACUUGGCCACAAAACCAAAUUGAAGCAAAUUUGGGGCAAGGUCAAUCAGAUGGCCAGAGGCAAACCGGGGGAAGUGGUCGGCGAUGAAGUCAUGUACGGCUCGACAACUGGCUCGGCGGAUUCGAGUGCCGCACAAUCUGGCGCCGUCGGUUCAGCCCUGACUGGCAGCAGCGUCAACCAAAUGUACAUGAGUCACAGCAAUCCGGAUUUGACCAGCAUAUGCUACGAUGAUCCACGGGCCGAUUACCCCGAACACGCCCUCAAGGUUUUCAAAGCCGAUCAGUCGUCAAAGUACCUGCUUAUCCACAAGGAAACAACUGCCAGGGAAGUGGUGAUGCUGUCCCUCCAAGAAUUCCAAAUCACGGAUCCGUCGUCCAACUACAGCCUUUGCGAGGUGACGGUGACGGACAGUGGCAUCAUCAAGCAGCGCCGGUUGCCCGACCAGCUCCAGAAUUUGGCCGAGCGGAUCGGCGUGGCCAGUCGCUAUUACCUCAAGAACAAUCACAGCACCGAAACUCUGGUGCCGGAUGAAUUGGCCGGCGAGCUGAUGCUGCAAUCUCAAGUCCAAUUCCUCCACCUGAACGCGGUUGAAGUGGCCGUCCAGCUCACGUUACAAGAUUUCGCUAUUUUCACUCAAAUCGAAAGCACAGAGUAUGUCGACGACCUCUUCCAGCUGCGCAGCAAAUACGGAACGCCUCAUCUCUCCCAAUUCAGCGAGUUGGUUAAUCGGGAAAUGUUUUGGGUUGUGACGGAAAUUUGUGCGGAACACAAUCUGAUGCGACGGAUGCGCGCUAUCAAACAGUUCAUCAAAGUGGCUCGCCAAUGCAAAGAGUGCAAGAAUUUCAAUUCCAUGUUCAACAUCAUCUCCGGUCUUGGUCACGGAGCCGUUUCCCGACUGAAACAGACGUGGGAGAAACUACCGGGAAAAUAUCAACGUCUCUUCCGAGACAUGCAGGAUCUGAUGGACCCGUCUCGUAACAUGUCCAAAUACCGAAAUCUCAUCAACAGCGAGCACGUUCAGCCGCCCAUGAUUCCAUUUUUCCCCGUUGUCAAGAAGGAUUUGACGUUCAUUCAUCUCGGCAAUGACACUCGGGUGGACGGGCUGAUCAAUUUCGAGAAACUGCGCAUGAUCGCCAAAGAGGUGCGCUCCUUGUCGCACAUGUGCUCGGCGCCCUACGAUCUGUUCACGAUGCUGCAAUUGGGCGGCCAACCUCCUUCUGCCGCCAUGAUGGCCAUGAAUCAGUUAACGACCGGAUCGGGAAUGGCCGGCGGGGCUGUUCAUCACGACCGCCACCACCUCUCCUCGGCCACGGUCAAGAGACGCAAGAAGUCGGCCGCCAUGCCAAACUCGAAGAAAAUGUUCGAGGAAGCCCAGAUGGUCCGGCGUGUCAAGGCUUACCUUAGCAACAUGAAGGUGCUAACGGACGAGGAACAACUGCGACACAUGUCGGUGGAAGUCGAACCACCAGCCGGAGGCAAUCCAUUGGCGGCCACGUCAUCCAAUUCGGGCAGUUCUGGCGGCUCUGGAGGGGGCGGAGGAUCUGAAAGCCGGGCGACCGGGGCAUUGGUCCUCAGCGCAGUCAAUCAUCACGUCCGUAAACGUCACCCGAGUCCGACGCUCUCGACCACCAGCACGGCCAGUUCGACCAGCGCCACCAGCGAGAGUCGCCGAGGCCAACAAGGACCCAAAUUUGGAGCUGCCAGCCCACAAUCUGUGCGCAAAAUGUUGGCUCUGAGUGAGCCCAGCAAAACGAGACCGUACCAGGCGCCCAAUCGACCCAUGGGCUCCUGCAACGUCUCGAUGGCUCUACCUCUUCCAGGAUCGGGACUACUUCAACAACAUUCCCCUUCUCCAUCGCCUGGAUUGAACCGGCGUGUGCCCGGAGUGCCACCCCAACCGCCGCCCGUCAGGACGACGCCACACGAACGUUCACACGAGCGUUCCCACUCGGACGCCGCUCUGCCCGUCGACUUGAACGCCGAGAGCAGCAGCGUGACGAGUCUGGCCAAUUUGGCGGCCAUGCGCAAGUCGCACAUGUCCGGCUCUGCCACGUCGAGUGACAGCGGCGGCGGAGGAAGCGGCACCAGCGGCGGCGGAAGCGGAUCUUUGCAUCAACCGCUGGGACUGGGAUUGACGCUGGGCAUCGGUCUGGGCAUCGGCCUCGGCGCCGACGGCAUCGACGCCAGUUACUGCACCCAGUUCAACUCGCAUUCCAGCAACAACUCGACGGAAGUCGUCUCCGGAGGCGGCCACACCCACUUGCUUCAUCAUCCCCACGCUGGAACGACGGAAUCACCUCCUGUAGCACCUCGAACAAGGGUACCUUUAUACCCGCAUGGAACCCAAGGGACCAUUAUCCCCCGAGAACUUCCGCCAAGAGCCCGGCGACCUCCCGACUACAAUGUAGCGGCCCAGAUGGCCCGUAUGGCUCGGCUGAGUCGGGCGCAUUCCCACGAAGGAGUCACGGCGGGCUACUACAGUUCCGAUCCUGAAGAAGAAGACGACGAUGACGAAGCUCAAGUGUCAGCUGUUUAGCGGAGACGUUGCAGCACCUGACGGUAAACAGCUUGAGGCCAAAGACUAGCAGCAGCAUGAAACAAAAGAAGUUAAAUUUCCCCCGAUAAAAUAUUCCCUUUUUUUUUUAACAAAGACAGAGAUAUCAGUGUACGUAUAGCCCGCUUUAAUUAUAUAUAAACUCCCCCCUGACCUAUAUCGAUACCACUAUUAUAUACAUUCUGAACACAAAUAUCCCACAGCCUUUUUUUGUAUAGGUGUACAGUGUCGUUUGUAGCUCCCUUCCCGCUCCCACCUCUCUCCUGUACCUGUAAAUAAGAUCAAUCAACAACAAUUUUACAGCAACAAACAAAAAACAACUUUUUUGUGUAGCUUUUUAACCACCAACUCCCUUGUGUGUGCAUAUUAUAAUAAUAGUAAAUCUAUCAUACUCAGUGUAGUGAUUUUUUUACAAAAAAAAAAGAGGAAAUGAAAGAAUAUCCAGCCCGCCAUCUCCCUCACUCUAUACAUCCAUCAGCUUUUGUGUGGGCCCUUUUUGGUGGCCCUUUUUCAUGUUGGUUUCUUUUUUAUUCAUGAAAUUCCUACACAGCAUAUCCACACACACACACACAAUCAAUACGUUUUCCAGUAUACAUAAUAUCACCGUUCCUGACUGUGCAUUCAGUGUUAUGCAUUGCGCAAUUAUUAUAUCCGAUUCCACCGUCUUUUUCUUGUGGAGAAGAGAGAUUCCUUUAGUGGUUACACGCAUUUUAUAAUUGUAUACUCCUCCCUUAAAUACAAAUUGUUUCUCGCCAAUUUCAACGUUUCAUAUUUGUAAAUAAAAUAAUAAUAAAAGUAAAACAAAUACCUAAAUUA